AGACUAGCAAGAUGUCGAGGAUCUGGUUCUUCUUCUCGCGUGUCAACCAUAGCGCGGACACAUGAAGCCCGAGGAUGACCCUCCUGCACCUUUAUGGCCAAGCUAUUGCGCUCCUGCUGAUACAUAAUCAACAUACUAAGAUGAAAGUCCACACGGCCGCUUCAAGUUUUUUGCAGCUUUUGCUCUCCGUUUCUUUCACAAUGAAGCUGCUUUUCGUCACGAUGUUUUGCGUUUCCGUUUCGCCAGACUUCAAUACUCACGUGGACUCCACGACAAGGUCAGGUUCCCUGGUGUUUGUUUCCGGCGCAUUUCUGCAGCAACCACCCUCACCCAAGCUAGCCAACACACCCAAUCCCUGGGCGCUGAUGCCAUCGGCAGGAGUGGCGCAGCACCAUCACGGUAACCCAGCCUCAUCGUCUGGCGCUCCUGCCCAGAAUGAAAGAAACCCGCAGCACCACCUGAAACACGCCCAUCCCCAAUCGACCAGCAGCGGGCACCAAGCUAAGUCCACGACCUCCUCUUCUCGCUCUUUACGAGGACAUCAGCAUCACCAUUCCCACAAAAAGCAGGAGUCCAAGCGCGGUUUGACCGGUUGGCAGUUGAAAUUUUGGAACUACAGUAUGAACUGCAAUAAAUAUGUCUGGGUCUGGAAGAAUGCAAGGUUUGUCAUGCACAUUUUGCAUGACUCCUGAUGUCUGUGAUGCUUGCCCUAGCAUCACAGAUUUUGUGAGGGCUUCCUGAUGCCUAUAUCGCAUGAGAAAUGCCCUCUCGCCCUGGCAAAAACUGAACCUCUUUUGCUGUUCAUGCAAUGCAGAUUUUGGUAGAAUUCAGACGCAGCAUCACAAGUUUGAAUCCUUCCAGGAGACCCAGACAUAUUUGCAAUGCAUAUACAGGAAUGGAGAGCAAAAAGUUCACACGGACGAGGUCCAGGAUGCUGGACAGUUGUAUCCUGUGCAAAAGUAUCGUACUCGUAUUGCAGUCAUGCAUUACAAAUCUUGUUCUUAAGCUAAAUCCGCAUGACAAAUUCCAUUUCACAUGCUAAGGAAAUUUGUAAUGCGAUUUAUACUAGUACGAUACUUUUGCAGUUCAUAAGUUGGAGUUGGAGACGAUUCUCCAGUUUUUGGACAAGGGUGCGGAAGAGAAGGUGAAGAACUUUGCGCAGAUGCGGGACCAGUUUCUGCGCAUCACCCGGCACAGUCUCGUCCCGCUGGAGGACGAUUAUGUCUUGGGGAAGACGAUAGAAACCGGGAUGAACGGGGCCGUGCUGAAAGUGAAGCGAAAGCCGAAACCACCACUAGUACCCUGGCAGGAGGAGGAAAACAGAAGGGUCAAAGAGAUCGAUUUGAUCAACGCGCGGGGGAAGCAGGCGGAGAAAGCUGGCGAGGAUCAACUGCUGUCGUCCUCAUCUCCAAGUCAGCUUGUGCAGCGGCGGCCGGCUGGCGCCGGAGCAGGCAUUGCGUCUUCUUCUAGAAGCCCCGGUGGGGGCGUCGGUUUUUACACUAGUAGAGACCAGCAGUCCGCUCAUCUAGACUGUUCGAAUUACCGCAGCAUCUCAUGCGUUGCGAAAAUAUGCAGCAGGUUCAGUCGCGAUGGAGUUCUUGCCGAAUCUUCGAGCGAACAAGUUGGUGUUUCGGCGUCGUGCCAGCAACAGCAGCAGGAGCACGGCAUUGGUCAUGCGUAUGCAACGCAGCAGCAUAAUAAUAAUUCCACCGAGGGUUACCGCCCCCUUGCGCAGUCGUCCCAGCAAAACAGCCCCUGCUCAGGACCCGGAAUUGCACCUAAAGAGGAGAUAUGGAUUGCAAAAAUGUCUGGGUCUGGAAGAUUGCCAGAUUUGUCAUGCAUGUUGUGCAUUGGCCAUGAUGUCUGUGAUGCAUGCCCUAGCAUCACAGAUUUUUUGAGGGUUUCGCGAUGCCUAUUCCGCAUGACAAAUGCCCUCUCCGCGUAGCAAAAAUUGCAUUCCCUUUGCUGCUCAUGCAAUACAGAUUUUUUUGGAAUGCAAAUUCAGCAUCACAAGUUGCAUUCUUCCAGACCCAGACAUUUUUACAUUUGAUAGGAGAUGGAGGAGCGGGAGUUGGAAGACCUUUCAAGCCUCUGCCACAGCCUCCUAUGGCGUUCUCAAAUGUUACAUUCUCAACUGUUGCAUGAAUUUGUAAUGCAAGAAUAGCACAGGCCAGAGGGAAAACCCUGCGCGUCUUGCAUUACAGAUUUGGUGCGGAUUCUAGUGCUAUUUAGCCCUCCGAGAAUUUGUCAUGCGAAGCACCUUCGUCGUUUGGUGGCUCGUGGUCAUUUUGCAUGACAAAUCAUGUAACAGUUCAGAAUGUAACGUUUGAGAACCCCAUACCUCCAGGACAUGUCAUUUGUGGAUGCUGGCGGUGCCAAAAACGACCAUCAAACUCAAAUGGCCAACGCCAUCACCAGCGCGUCAAAUUAUACAAGGAAUCAAACUCAAACACCUUGUGGAGGACAGCACGCGACCCUAGAAUCUUCCUGCGCAUCAAGCUCCACCUCGCCGUUGGCGCUACUCGGCGCCGGCCUGGGUGCCUCAACAUGCAGCAAGAUGAAUCAUUCCCCCGAUAAUUCAACCUCGAGUGCGGCCUCUACGAUCUUGACCGGAAGCGCUUCGGGUAAAAUCCAACAUCCUGCUCCCAUGCAGCCAAGCAACACAAUAAACUCUGCUCCUCUUGUCGCGCGCCACGUGGGAAAGCAUCGGAAGGUUUACGAUCGGGAGAAAUACCGGUCCGCCCCGGCGGAUCCAGGACGAGAGGAGCUAGAUUUUGCGGAGGACGAGGUAGCGGAGGGCGAAAACGAGAAUAUAAUUUCCUGCAGCGGUUCUCGUGAACAAGCAGCUGCGCUGCAGCAAUCAUAUCCCUCGCAGCACAUCGACAUCAUUGCGGGGAGUCUCGACGGCAGUGAUAGUUUAUUGAUGGAAGAAGAAACCCAACAUUCCUCUUUGUGUACUAGUUCAUCUUCAUCUUCCGGCACAACUACAGGAGCAGCUGGUGGUCCUCCACAUUGUGGUACUGUUAACACUCAAAACACUUCGCGUGCGGUUGACAGCACGUCGGAAGAGUCCGAGCAGGAAUUCGCGAUGAAGACUUUGAAAUUGAAAAUCAGCCGGAAACAGGAGCGAAAGUGGAUGAUGGAGCGGGACCCCAGGACGAACUGGCCGAAGCACCUAUCCUACCGACAAACGGUGGUCCGAAGCUUUAUGGCGUCCGCAAACGUUACAUUCUCAACUGUUACAAACAUGAUUUGUCAUGCAAAAUGACCAUGAGCCGCAGGACAAUCAAGCUGCUUCGCAUGACAAAUUAUCGAAGGGCUAAACAGCAUCUAAAUCCGUGCCAGAUUUGUGAUGCAAGACUUGCAAGCCGUCCCCUUUCCCUAUUGCUGUUUUUGCAUGACAGAUUCGUGUAACGACUGAAGAAUGUAAUGGCUGAGAACGCCAUAAGCUUGUGGGCGGAGUUGCUGAGUAACUUGAAGGUCGCGGUGCACAUAUGAAUUGCAAAUAUGUCUGGGUCUGGAAGGAUGCGAACUUGUCAUGCGGAUUCUGGAACAAGCAAAAAUCUGUAUUGCGUAGUCAGCAAAAGGUACGCGAUUUUUGUCUCCAGAAGAGGGCAUUUGUCAUGCGGAAUAGGUAUGGAGAAGCCUCCACAGAGUUUGUCAUGCUCUGUGUGCAUUUCAGACCUUUUUGUAGAUGUAGAAAAUGCAUGACAAAUGUCUGAUUUCCUCCAAACCCAGACAUUUUUUGAUUUGAUAGCACAUGUCGGAGUGCGAUCGAGAAUUCGAAGAGGAGGAAAGAUUGCAGAGACAAGCGGAGGCGGUGAAACGAGAACAGCUGUUAGGGGCGUCGACGGGAAGCAGUUCUUCUUGCGCGUCCGCGUCAGGCGGUGGAGGUGGCGCGGCUUGCGUCAACACUCCUGCUGGUAGCUCUCAUCCAAGCAGCUCCGGAGGACAGCUAGGUUUGUUGAGCGGGACCACCAGCAGCACCGCCCUACUAGGCAGUACAACUUCGAGCACUUCUACUGGAACAGCGGGCGCGUCGACAUCCAGUACUUCGUUUCUAAAAAUCCCGAAGGUUGGCUCCGCCGCUUCUCUUUCCACCAUGGCGAGCUACUGGAACCACGGGUCCUCGUCGCGCGACCAGCUGAGCGGAGCCGCAGGCGAUCUCGAGCAGGAUUUUCCCUCCCCUGCGUCCACCAUCGGCGGAACGUCCCCGUUCGGAGGACCACCACCUCCGGGUGGAAGCAGUGGCUAUCGAAGAUACGGUUCCCCCGAUCGGCACUCCGCGUCACCAACCGGGACGACCGACGAGCAGGCUUUGGACGAGGUGGAGGAGGAAGCCGCUGAAAUGGGGGCUGGUGCUAGUACUGCAGCAGGAGCUGCCCGACGGGCGUUCCAACUAGUACACGCGGCAAGAGGAUCGGCGUCGUCUUCUCCGAAAAAGAAUUAUGCUGCAGGAGGCGUAGGUCUAGACAAAGACAAACCUCCGCGACCUCCAACUGCUUCGGGAAUGACGCAUCUUCAAAGUCACCAGCAACUGUCGUCCUCCCAAGCUGAACUGCAGCAAGCGGCCACCAAAACAACGACCACCGGCGCAGGUAUUGAAAUGAGCCCGACCACAGUAACCGACGGGCGAGACGCAGACCCCAGCAUUGCUAGCAUUAUUGCCCAACCACCCUCAGCCUUGUUAACACCAGAAGACACAAAGACAAACGCACGAAAUAAUAAAAGUCUCCGAAAUAUGAAACGAAGAACCACGCUCCGCGGGCGCAUUCCGGACCUCGUGGAUAUCCGCGUGACGAACGACCGCGUGCACUUGAUCUUCACGCUGUGCAAAGGUGGCGAGGCCGUGAAGACCCCCAUCCCGGAGAUCGCCAGCGACGUCUGUGCCGCGAAAUUUGCGAAACACUUCCUGGAAACGCUGGAGGUGUUGCACGACGAAUUGGACAUUAUGCACCGGGACGUCAAGCCGGAAAACAUCCUUUUCACCGAAAAAGACCGGAAACCCGACACGGCACAGCUGAUCGAUUUUGGGCUCGCGUGCCCCAUCGCGAAGGGGCUGGGCUGCAAGGGUGCGGCGGGCACGAUAGACUACGUCUCGCCGCAGCAGUUGUGGAACAUUCCCGGGUUUGCAGAGUUCAGGCGGAUUUUGGAAGACAGUACAACUUCUACAUGCAUUUUUGUUUCAAAUUGUAUCCUCGUAUGUGCAGGUACUAGCAUGAGCAUGACGAGACUCUGCCUGCCUAGUCCUCCUGUGCUCUGCAACUACGCAGCUUGUGGCUUUUCUCAUUCCAUAGUACUACUUAACACAUACAACAGAGCCACCAGUUCAAUCUCUCGACGACGAUCCAGCUUUGCACCCGGACCUCCUUCCCGAGGACACCACCAACAGCAAAACCACCCAACAAGACGCCACACACCAGCUCGAGGAGCAGCGGCACUGGCACUAUAGCGAGAAAUAUCACGAGAAAAAAGUGUUAGAGUUAAGUACACAUUUGUUGGAGUCUCUGCAUCACAAAUUUUCUCUGUGUGGCAAAACAGUAAGGAAACGAGGCUCCGAAGCAUUUCCUGCAUGGGAAAGGUUGUCUCUGUUGCCAGUCUUGCAUCACAAUGUGUAACUGUAGCAAUUUUUUCCUGUGAUAAGAAAGGGGAUCUCUUCGCGCUCGGCGCGGUUUUGCACCUCCUGCUCGAAGGCCGGUCCGCCUGGGACCGCACCUCCCGAAUGCCGGCCCGCGCGGGAAGCACUUACGACCCGGCGGACAGGCUGCGCGAAAACUGCAAGAAGAUUCAAACCUUCAAGGCGGACCGCCGACAGUACCACGAGAUGGCCAGUUGCUUCGCGUGGACGAAGCGCUUGAGAAAAGCGCUGUCGAGCUUCCCGCUGGCGGGGGGGUGUGCGGGCGAGAAAACUGGUGCUGGUGGUGGAGGAGGCGGCGCAGCCGGGCGGGGGCUGCUGUCCGGAUUGUCUUCUUCUUCCGCACGUGGUCCUCGCGGUGGAUCAUGUGGAAUGAACAUCAUGAAUAAACCUGGAAGUAGUAGAACCUCCGUCGAUAUCAAAUGCAAAAAUGUCUGGGUCUGGAAGAUUGCUAGGUUUGUCAUGCAGUUCUUCCAUGACCCACGCGGUCUGGCAUGCACGGCCUAGCAUGCCAGGUUCUGUGAGAUCUCUAUCAUGCCUUUCCUGCAUGAGAAACUGCCUCUACUAACUUGUUAAAAAGUGGACCUCUUUUGGUAAUCAUGCAACACAAAUUUUUCCACGAUCCAGCUCGCUGCAGCAUGACAAGUUACACUCUUCCAGACCCAGACAUUUUUGCAUUUGAUAGUCGAAGAUUGCGGGGAGUCGACGAGCACCUCUGUACAAAUCGCGGAAGAUGAAGCAGCGUGCUCUUUAUCCAGGAAAAAACACCCCUCCACAUCCAAUUUGUCAUGCAUAACAUACAUAAAGUUCUGUGUUUGUCAUGCAAAAAAUGGAUGUGGAUGGGUUUUUUUUCUGUGGAUACUCUUCCCUCCUCUCCUACUCAGCUUCGGCCACGGAUGCGGCAAGUCGGGGUGGACAGCGCGCAGCUGGCGACGCAGCAUCAAGAGCGAGAGCAGCAGCUGCUUCCUGUGCCGGAGCAGUGCCCUUGCCUCACCCACCAACCUGCCAGCUGUUUGGAGGUGCUGGGGUAGAAAUGCAGCACGGAAGUACAACCAACGCAUCCUCUCCCUGCAACGACUGCCACACUGAGGAAGUGAUCGGGAACCUGCACAAUACUGAGUAUAAUCAUGCACCCUCUACGCACGGAACCAUGCCAGUCCUGGAUGAAAGGGACAUUUCGUCCGUUUUCGAGAUCACAAAGAAACAGCAGGAAAAGGAAGACGAAAAGCAAGUGAUCGUGGAAGAACUUCUUCUGCAUGAGAAGCAGCCCAGCCGGGCCACCGCCGAGAGCGACGGUAGUUUUUUCACACCCUGCACGUCUCCACAACACUUUGCGAAAUUUAUCGAGCAAAAAUCUGUUAUCGUUAUCGAAUUUGAAAUUGCUGGCAAAGGCCAAAUUUUUUUAAGUUUAGCUAGAGUGGGGUAGCAAUGAAAUCCUUAUCCGCCCCCGCGGCGGAUAAGCCGGGGGGGGGGCCCCCCCCGCCUUAUCCGCCGGCGGGCGGUACCGGUAUAGCCGCGACAAAGUGGCCGGGCGCCACCAUCGCCUGGAGGACCCGGACAUGCCGAGAGCAUCCGGCGUGUUGUGGGUAGAUUUUGAAACACCACAAAGAUCCAUCGACGGCAUGGCGCCGCCGGUCUUUGUGGUGUUUGUUUCUUUGAAAGUGGCAGGCGCAGCCCCUGAAGACUCCGCACUGCCGGGAGUACUUUGGACUCAAAAAAACUCGCCAACAGAUAUUUGCCACGCAAAAGGCGAAAAAGCUUGGGAAAUUCGCCACGCAAGCAACGGCCCAACAAAUAAUAGCAAGCAACGGGCACACAGGGCCAGGGCCAGAACAAACCUGCCCCACAGAAUUAAACUCCUACCGUGUGCAGCGCGAGGGCCGCCGAGCUUCCUCGCUUAUUUCCUUCGGGCUAUGUACUUACUCGCCAGGCCAUGCCGCCCUGCUCUUGGGCCGGCGCCCAUGCCUGCAGGUAGCGACUUAGGGCCCGAAGCGAGAAGCGCAGCUGGCUAAAGGUUUUAUCUUGCGCGCGCCCGCCUUCGGAGGAAGUGUGUCUGUGCAGACCCAAGCCGGCCGCCCGCUAGUAUGGAUUCCACCGCCUGCCUUUGCAAUGGGCCCACGCACCCAAACAAGCCGCAACAGCGCCUAAGGCUGCGCACCCAGAGUCCGCCUCCUUUAAAUGUUGGGCGCCAUCGGCGGUAAAAUUCCCCCCGGUGGCGUGCUUGACUUAUAUUCCACGGCGACAGGGCGAAGGCCUAGGCCGGGCAGCCAUUAACUUCCUGGGCCCCGGGCCGGGCCGUGUCUGUUGGUGACAUCUUUGCCGCAGCGCGAAUAGUUAGCUUGCUUCCGCCGCGGCCAUGUUUAAGGACUUGGGCCGCGUGGGCGGCAGCCUCGCGCGCUCUACUUUUGUUCGCCUGCUUUUUUCCUUGCCGCCGCCAGCCAAUCAAUGCGCCCUAUCUUUCCGGCGUGGCACAAACGCCCGCCCGAAGUGAUAUGCGAAACAGGUCUCGGGGCCCAGUGCGUGCGGUUUUCUCGGUUCCCACUGCAGGCCCUCCCACUUCCCAUCUCCCUCGGGCCCCAGUGGGGUUUCCCAACUGCACAGGCCCCGGGGCGGGCCCAGUGCGGCGGGCUGUGGCUCUGGGCAAGCCGCAGCCCGAUUGCUACCCUACCAGCUACCGUCGCCGCGCUGGCUCACACACUCUCGACACCCCGGCCGCCACGCCACGCGGCACGCAUUGCGCCAAGGCGCCGGGGCAGCAGCGCCGGGGCCCUGCGUGGGGCUGCGGGCUUGGUUGCUUGGGAUUCCUUGCGUGGCGUGCUUUCGGCGCGAAUUGGUAGCCGCUGGGGCCUGUGGGCAGCUUACAAACCCGGCGAGGUGCUUGCGCCUGCGACCAGACCCCGGCGGGCCUGUACGCGUGAAGCCUGGCGCCCUUGUUUGCGGGGCACGCUGCCGGGCUCGGUCUGUGUGUCUGCAUCUAUUGUUUGCAAGCAACGUGAUGAAGCCCAGCCGGGCUCCUGUUGACAAACCUCCCAGACAGGCCCCGACAUGCAAGGCCCGGGCUUCUAUUGACAACCCCCCCCGCCAGCGAAUUAAAAUCCAGCGGGCGCAUGCUAAACGAAAGCAAGAGGAAAAUUGAAGUAUUGGGGACGACAGGAACGCUGCUGCUAUGCCGUUUUUCGGACUUUUCUAUGCCUUUUGUCAGGGAAAUUCAGUAAAAAAGAAAAACGCUUUUUAUUUUCUUUGUGUGAAUUCCCAAACCCAAAGCCACGGCUUUCCGCCUCGUUUUGCUCGCAUGACAAAAACUGGCAUGCCGUGUUUCUUUCCAAUCCCGACGGUGCGACGUUUGGCAGCUUCCUGCGUAUUACUUAAACCAUAACCAUAAGCACCAGCGGCGUGCUGUGUGUCGGCCCGGGGUCCCUCGGGCUCACCCAAAGGGCGCCGGGGCCGGGCCAGUUCAUAGGGCCUAUUGCGGGAUGGCCCGCCGGCGGAUAAGCCGGGGGGGGGCGCCCCCCGGCUUAUCCGCCACGGGGGCGGAUAAGGAUUUCAUUGUUACCCCACUCCUACUGACUUAGCUACCUCAACUAGCUAUGAUUUUGAACUACUUGUGUGCAUUUGGUCAAGCGCCGCGCCGAAGCCUGGAUCAUGUCGAGCCCAUUCUGCCGAACCGUUUUGAGCUGCGCGCCAACCCUCCCAGGUGGAUGCGAUUUGCUCAGCUUCCGGCAGUGCAAGCUGGAAGCUUGUUUUGGGCUCAUAAAGAUCGAUUUGUAAUGCGGACCUGCGUCUCAGGCGCGUCAUGUUUUUGACAUGGGAAAAGUGCUGCCGCGCCCACUGCAUCACGCAGAUAGAUGCCCAGAAGUGAGGCAGUUUAGGUGUGCUCUGGUUACCGGCCAGGGCCUCGGAAAUCUGGCCAAUUUGGCCAGCAAAAAUGACCACUUUUCCGAAGCCUCCGGGCAAACCGAUAACAAGCACCCUCUUUGCUCACUUUUAUAGUCCGCGUGCCCCCGUGCUACGUCUCUGUUAUCGGUUUCGGCUUGGCCACCCCACCGAAACCGAUAACAAGGCAGGGAUUUGCUCAGUUUAUCGUGCCCAUGCCACCGUGAUAAAAAUCUGUUAUCGGUUGCGCUUUUGGCAUCGCGCCAAAUCCAACCUUCGCAAAGUAGACCCAUAAACUUGAGCUAGCCACGACCUGAGUCGGACUGUAAAAGUGGCCAAAAAUGGUGCUUGUUAUCGGUUUGGCCUUCUGAACCGAUAACAGACACCUAAGCACGGUGGCACGCGGACUAUAAAAGUGCCCAAAAAUGGUGCUUGUUAUCGGUUUUGCCGGAGGUCCGGCAAAACGAGGGCACUUUUGCCCCCCAGAAAGGAGGUCCGGAGGGCCUCCGGACAACAAGCAUCCCCCUUGCCCAAGAACAUCCCCAAAGACACUAGGAAACAAGGACGCUUACAGCUCUGCAAGCACUCCAAAAAGGAGUCCUUGUCAGCGCGCCGCCUCGCCAGCUUGGCGAGCGGAUCGUCCUCGUCGAUCUGCUUCUUCUUUGCCAUGUCUAUCAGCUCGCUCUUACACUCAAACCACCCUCCCCUCGCACUGACAGAAGACGCGUCGCCGCCUAUCAGCUCGCGGACGUGCUUUGCAAGCACUCGCAGCCACACUGUUUUGUUGGCGCAGUUGGCAAGACAGUAUCGAGAUCGGACGCGGAGUCUGGCCUGGGAUGACUGCGCGACACCGAACCGGAACGCCGCCACCUCGAGAUCCGCCGCGUCAAGUCUGCCGUCUCGUGCCCCAGAAGGAUGACCAAAUGCACACAAUUAGGUCAAAAUCAUCAUGACCGACGAUAGCUACCUCACUAGAUAAUUUUAAAAAAAUUUUCGCUUUCGUUUCAAAUUCUUAAUUCGAUAACGAUAACAGAUUUUUUUUCACCCCCUGCACGUCUCCGCAACACUUUGCGAAACUAUUGCAGGAAAAUCAUCUUAGCGAUGUCACUGGAGCGGACUGCAGUGUAGGUCCGGUAAAUUUGUCAAACAGUGCAGGUGCUGGAGGAGCUUCUUGCAUUUCUGCGUCUGCAACUGGUGCUUCUGGUUCUGCUGGUACAAGCAGAAGUCAUCCAGGUGCUCCUGCUGCGUCCUCUUCAGCAACGACACUACAGCAGAAUCAACAGCUCGACAAAAGAACGCAGGAGCAGUCACGACAGUCUUUUCUGAACCGACAGAAAAACACGAAGGUGGAUCAGAUGGCGCAGUUCUCAGACGAUUCAGCAUCUUCGGACUACGAGGCAAUCGAGACCAUGUAUGGCGGGGGGCGACGUCGCGCUGGUAUUAAAGGCGAUAGGAACAAACGCAAAACCGAUAGCAGGAAUCCAGCAAAUGAAAUGACCGACACAAAAAUGGAAGAGGCCGCGGCGCCGUCUUGCUCUACUACCGGCGAAACUGCAGCCCAAGGACCCACAACAUUGAAAUUGAUCCAGAACGACAACGAUGAUGAAAAUAUACAAGAGGUCUGCGAAGUAGACAACACCGACCCGCAGCAGCAAUUGUGCAGUUACGUCGCUGGAACUACUACAAAUGCGCCCGACGACCAAUCCGACUCUGACAGUGAAGAACGCGAAAAACUCCGGAUUCAGAACAAGGUCCUUGACGAAUCCCACCGGUACGCGCGGGAGCUGUUCGGGUUUCCGGGGGAUCGGCGGCGAGACCACAACUUAACCCGUGGCGGCCGGAAACUUUGCCCGACCAUGGCAAACCGGCAGGUCGCGUGCAGCAUCGUGGAAUUCUACGCCUGCGGCGGCGUUCUGAGGUAUCCCUACGAAAACGCGACACCCCUCGCGCAGGACUUCCUGGCCAAGUUGCUCACCGCGUUGGAGCAAGAUCGGUUUUCAGCGAAGGAAGCGCUGCAACACCCCUGGAUCACAACGAUCGACUUCCGCGAUCAGCAGUACCAGCGAAGCAAGAAGUUGCGGAAAAAAUUCUCGAAGUUGAGGACAGUGUAUGGCAGUAGAACGUCCUGAUUGGUCGUGUAUCUUUCCGUGCAUACUAUUCGUGGCCUCGAUUUUUUCUUGAUGAAGAUGAAGUUGUAGUUGGCAUGAAGAUGGGUGAGCGCAUUCACGCAGUGGCAUUUUUCGUUUACGAUUAUUUGGCGCGCUUUUGAAAAAUAAAGGGCCGAUGCGUCGGUUUUGAUGUUGCAUAGCAGAAAGAAACGAAAGUUCCAUUACGCGUACGAAACAAAAUCGAGCAUCACGAAAUGCAUGGACGACAAAUUUUUCAGCUAUAUAAAGUGGUGAGUCCAUUGUCGCGACGAUUCUGAUGGUUCUGCGUGAGCUUUAUGCAAUAGCAAUACCAUAUUUUCCGCGCACGUGCAAAAUGCGACAGUUUUACUCAGGCUGGAACGCUUGUCAUGCUGACUUCUAGGACCGGAGGGCAGGCAAGUUUUGUUAUGCAGCGAUUCCGCAUUUGUACGUGUACAGGAAAUUAUUCAAGUUUCCUGUGGAUAAGCUUGCCAGCAAUUACAUACACGCGCCGCCGGAUGAUCACUAUUUGGCUUCUGGCACUGAAAUUUGAAAACAUUUUCCGAUGCAUAAUGGUGGCUAUCUGUUUAGGCGAACAAGGCUGCAACUCUUUGCUUUUAGCACUUUCGAGUGCACCCUUCGGCGCUUUGUUUUAUCCACGUAAAGGCUCCUAAUACUCAACUACUCGCCCCACGUUAUUUUGGAUGUUUCGCCGUCGAGUACUCCUCCUUGAUGCAGACGCGUUUUUUUUUUUUACUUUCCGCUCGACGACACACUAACACCACUACGCCUAAAGCCACGACUCAGUGUAGUCGUCUUCACAUUGACUUACGCACGACACACAUCUGAGAAUAGAAAAUUUUAGUUGAUAUCUGUCAUUUCUAAUUUUCUGAGAAUUCAAAAAAAAAUUGCAUCUGCAGCUACCUAUCUGCAUAUGUUCUCCAAUGAUUUCAGCCUGCCAUGUAUUGAACAAGAGCUGAAAAUGAUUGUUUGUUCGGGCCUACUUUGGUGGUGGAACGCGACGCUACUGCUCACCGUUUUGUUAGUGCUACAACUUUAAAGAAUUAGGACAUUGUAAAUGUUCAACAAGUUGAGAUAUAUUUUUCUUUUUCCACAUUGGACGCGGCACUUAUCGUAUUGUAGAAGCGUUUCGCGGUCCAUCGUUGACUCAGUCACCAUGGGCAUGAAUCUUCUCUGCGAUAAAGAUAAUUCGUGCAAUUUGUUCCAAUCCUUUUGACGAUUUUUUUCUAGCAUCUGUUUCUAGGUCUAGCUUUGUAAUUGUAAUAUGUUGGAUUUUUGAAACGUCAGGUGUUCCUAUUCUGGCUUAUCCCACGUUUUUACUUUUUGUGAAACGCAACUGCAAGCAUGCCAUGCUAAGGGCAUUUCAUCAUCCAAUUUUCCGUAUUCUAUGUCGAAAAAUGUCCGCAAAAUCAAAAGCAAAAAUGAAACCCAGAGCUCGUUGUCGUUUGAAAGAAUGUGAAUGAAAAUUUGAUUUAUUUGUAAACGAUAGAU